AUCAACGGCUGAAUUUAUGGCAUUUGUACUAAAUCAUAUGUGUAAUGUGUUGUUAGUUGUUUGAUGUUUCUAUAUAUUGUAUGCAUGUUUUGAUCGUUGUCUCACAUUCUCAUAGCAUAACAAUAUUCUACAAUAUUUCCACUUUCUUGUUGAAUCAUGGCACUUCGAGGGAAGCUAGAGGUAGACAUUGAACUCAAGUCAAAUGCAGACAAGUACUGGCAAACCAUAAGAGAUUCUACAACUAUAUUCCCUAAGGCCUUUCCACAUGACUACAAAAGCAUUGAUGUCCUUGAAGGAGAUGGUAAAGCUCCUGGUUCUGUCCGCCACUUCCAUUAUGCUGAAGGCUCACAGCUUGCAAAGUCGUCAAAAGAGAGGAUCGAGGCGGCUGAUGAUGAAAAGAAGACAGUAACCUAUUCUAUUGUUGAAGGAGAUCUUCUUCAGUACUACACAAAAUUCUUGGGACACAUAGCUGUUAUACCCAUUGGAGAAGGAUGUGAGGUGAAAUGGACUGCUGAAUAUGUCAAAACUAAGCAUGACAUUCCUGAUCCAACUAUUGUCAAAGAUUUUGCUGUCAAGAAUUUCCUUGAGGUGGAUGACUAUAUUCAAACACUUGCAUAGAAGUUCAAUGUAUUUCAUGAAUUCAAGGACAGGCUAGUUUAUUUUAAUAAAAUAAUGUGGUGGUAUGAUGGAACCAUUUUCUAUUAAAUAUGUUGUAUGUGUGUAGUAAUGAGUCUGUCCUUAUUUGUAUUCUGAACUUAAUGUCUAUUUAUAAUUGAGCAAGGGUAUGAGAAUGGAAGUAUAAGUGUUCAUUAUUUUA